UUCCCUGGCGGCCGGCUGAUGAGUGACGCCCCCCCGGACAUCUCGGCUGAGGCCCCAACCAGGAAGGAGGGGAGCCUGUGUGGACAUGUGCCCACUUUUAAUUGGAGGACAGGGCUCUCUAAUAAAGCUGUGGCAGUGCCCAGGACAGCAUCUGUACGGCUUGGGUUUGGUGGUGGGAUUGGAGGGUGCAGGGAGGGAUGGGUGUUGCCUGUGGGUCCCCUUCCCACCCUGCCCUGUGAGAGCAGUGCCCUGCGUGCUCUUUCCACUCUGGGCCCUCAACUGCAGUGGGGUCCUGGGUGCCCCCACUUCCACCCUGGGCUGCCAUGCCCUGGUCUUCGGGUCAGGAGCUGCCCCUGGUGCUGGGGAGGGCAGUUCCCAGACUGCUGGGCCCCCUCAGAAAACUGCCCCUGGACUGAGCCCUGGUCGGAGAAGUGGCGCCAGGGGAGGGAGGGGUUCCCGCGGGGGCGUGGCAAGGCUGGCCCCUCCCACCAGCCCGAACAAAACGUAGCCCUGCGCACGGCGGCUGGGGCUGGAGUGCGUGGGGCCAAGGCAGCGAAGACCAUGGGGGUGCACCAGAGACUGCGCCUGUCCCUGCUGUGCCCCGCAUGGGCACUGCCCUCCCUGCUGCUGGCGCUGGCCGCGCGCGGGGCGGCAGAUACGCCCACCUACCCGUGGCGCGACGCGGAGACGCAAGAGUGGCUGUCGUGCGCCCAGUGCCCCCCGGGCACCUUCGUGCAGCGGCCGUGCAGCCGGGACAGCCCCACAACAUGCGGCGCAUGCCCACCACGCCACUACACGCAGUUCUGGAACUACCUGGAGCGUUGCCGCUACUGCAACGUCCUCUGCGGGGAGCGCGAGGAGGAGGCGCGACCGUGCCACGCCACCCACAACCGCGCCUGCCGCUGCCGCCCCGGCUUUUUCGCGCACGCUGGCUUCUGCCUGGAGCACACGCCGUGUCCGCCCGGCGCCGGCGUGACCGCUCUGGGUACCCCCAGCCAGAACACACAGUGCCAGCCAUGUCCCCCAGGCACCUUCUCAGCCAGCAGCUCCAGCUCAGAGCGCUGCCAGCCCCACCGCAACUGCACGGCCCUGGGUCUGGCCCUCAACGUGCCGGGCUCCUCCUCCCACGAUGCCCUGUGCACCAGCUGCACUGGCUUCCCACGCGGCGAGGAGGGGCCGGGUGAGCCAGGGACUGAGGAGUGCGAGCGCGCUGUGAUCGACUUCGUGGUUUUCCAGGACGUCUCCUCCAGGAGGCUGCAGCGGCUGCAGCAGGCCCUCGCGGGCCCAGCGGAAUGGGACCCGUCGCUGCCGAGGGGCAGCCGCGUGGCCCUGCAGGAGAAGCUGCGGCAGCGGCUCUCGGAGCUGCGCCGGGCGCCGGAAGGGGCGCUGCUGUCACGGCUGCUCCAGGCACUGCGAGCGGCGCGGCUGCCCGGGCUGGAGCGGAGCGUCCGCGCGCGCUUCCUCCCCGCACACUGAGCGCCACCUUCGCCCAGUUAUUUAUACGACGGUCCGGCCGGUGUCCACACUGGCAUUGCCCCUAAGGCAGUUUUUUGUUUUUAAAGAAA